AUGAUAAAACAAGUCGCUAUCGCAAAAUUGGAGUCAGCCAUUACAAGAGCUUCAAAAAGAACUUUAAUUGAAGUAAUAACUUCCCCCUCCAUGAACGAACAAACUUCGGAAAAAAUCCCUAUUUGAGUAAAAACCUUCCUUAUAGUUAGUUAACAGAUAAAUUUUUUUUUUAAAAAUAUUUGAUAUAUAAGUGAUAAUUAUUUUAAUGAAAUCUCUAGCUAAUUCUGUUAAAUUUAAACAGCUUGCAAUUUAAAACAUAAAUUUUUACAAAUUAAGAUAAUUUUUGCUCUCAAAAAUUUGCGAAUUCGAAUUCCGAAAACAAAAUCUAUAUAAAUCUAUUUAACGCUGGAACAAAAAUAUUUUUUGUUCUCUCAGGAAGGGGAAUAAGCUAUAAACAUGAGCCGAUGCGGGCAAGCACUGAAAUUUCACAUGCAAAAACAAAUCCUAGAGAAAUUUCAAUAAUAAAAGUAAUUGACAGCAGCGUAAAAGAGCAGCCACUUUCAGCCUCUUUCAAUGUGACAUCCAAAAACACCCUUACUCUGCCCCCAAUAGUUUCAAAAAAAGACUUACAAACCUCUCUUCAGACCAUUUUCGAAACUAAUGAUAACACCAAAGAUGCCCCACUCCCAAAAGAAAAACGCUCAGACAAGGCUGGAUUUUUGCUGAUUGGGGAUGCUAUAACUUUAUUAUCAAAAGACUCCAAUGAGGAUUUUGAGUUUACAGGGGUUAUCAGUGGGGAUGGGAUAUCCCAUGUCCAUCUUGAAUGCAUACCUAAAGAAUUUUUUACAGAAUUCUCCAACCAGGUGCUCUUUAGACAAAGCUUGUUUAGAAUAGAACCGUCAAGACAGUAUGGGUUUACAAAAACGGAAAGCAUGAAUUUUCUGCUGUAGAUUACACUAAUUUUUUCUCAAAAGUAUUUAAAAUCAUUGAAAAAACAAAUUUUGUAGGAAAAUUAUUUCUUUAAAUUACUUAAUAGGUAGCCGGUUUACAACCAUGCUGCAGAAUUAUAAAAAAUUAAAAAAGCAGGAUCCAAAAGUACUAAAAAGGUUAAAAGAACAAGCUGAUGAAGAACAAAAAGGAAAUGAAGCAGAAUUAGAUUUAAGCUAUGGCCGAAAAGUUACCUAUGGGGAAAGAAUCCAGCUUAGGCAUCUUCAUAGUGACUGCUUUUUGACAGCAAGCUUAGAAGUUGCUAGAGAACGAGGUUGCUUACAAGUGAUUUUAGAUCAUAAAGGCUCGGAAGGGUCUUGGUUUGAGAUCAUGCCUAAAGAUAAGCUCAGACAAGAAGGUGAGCCUGUAAAAUACUCAGAUUUCUUUAAACUAGUUACCACAAUGGAAAACUCCACCUAUCAUCUCCAUAUGGCAAUUUCUCAGAUUUUUCGACAGAAUAUGGAGUGCGAGCUAAAUGCUUCCAGCAACUUGUCAAUAUGAAGGGCAAGAAAAUUUAUCCCAAUCUUGAUUAAAUAUGGCUAAAAACAUAUUAAAAAGAUAAUUUCAGUAAAUAUAGCAUAUAAGCCAAUCCCAAAUGAAAAUCAACCCAAAUUUUGUAGCGACUGGAGACUCCUUUCGGAUUUUCCACAAACAAUGUGAAGGAUACCUGUCAGUUACCCCGAGAAAAAUCGAAGAAAUUUUGCCAAAUGAGACCACAGAGGCCCAGCAAGAAGGAAAUGAAGAAGUCUAUGCUGUAAACUACAAAAUAAGGUCAGAAGCUACAAAAGAGCCGAAAAUGAAAGUUUAUAUAGAAAACAAUAAGUCAAGUCUGUCUGUAUGAGAAUUAGAAAGGAAAAACCCAUUUAUUGGAGGACUAGCAGAGCCCGUAGGAGAGUACAGAAUAAAGCACGUAGCGACUGGCAUGUUUUUAUAUGUAGCAAAGUCAGGCCAGCUGUCAUUAACUACUGACGGGAGCAAUGACCAUACUUUAUUCAAAAUUCUUCCAGAGAACUAUGAUAGCCCAUAUUUGACUUUUAAAACCCUAUCCUCUAUGGCUAUAAAUAUGCCUUACAACACCCUAAAACUAUAUAGACCAAUCUAUCAUAAAAAAAUAUAGUAAAAUUUGAGAAUAUCAAACUUCAAAAAGUACUAAAAGCAGGCGGCCAAGAAACCUUAAAAAACUUUUUCCAGACUAUGAAAACAGUUGAAGAAAUGGAAGUAAAAUUAACAUUUAACAGAAAACUCGCCACAAAAACUACAUUUAUAUUAGAAGACGAGCCUGAAGAAUCAACCAUCCAUAUAUACCAAAUCAGCCGAGUUAUACCCAAACUUGUGAGUUUUUACUAUUUUUUAAGCACUUGGGGCAUGGUCAAAAGAAACGUGGCCUAUAUUUUGAAUUAUGAAUUGGCAAGAAGUACUGAAGCUGAGCUCGAAAGACAAUCAGAGAUGCUGGUAGAAAUCAUGAAUAAUUUGAGAAAAAGAAUACUAAAAGAUGACCCUUCAAUGAUGUCAAAUCUAGUGGACAGACAAGAUGCUAUUAGACAGUCAGGUCUUCUAGACCUGAUCAUAAAAAUAGUGCAGCUAAUUGAAAGUAGACUGACACUGCCGCUGAAAUUUCCAAAAGAAAGCAUGCCAAAAGCAAUAAGAAGAUCUAAUGUGAAAAUGCUUAACGAAAUAGUCAAGCUGCAGAUUCAAGAAUAUUUGAAUACGCCACAAGUUGUUGGAGUUAAGCAUUUAUUCUAUAUUAAUCUAGGCCAAAUUUAAUUUUUUAUAAAAUUAUUUAUUUUUUUAAAAACCGUUUUAUCUAUUAUAAUAUAUAUAAACUUGCAGUAAAACUCUAUGAAACCAUUUUUCUCUGCAUCAAAAAUAACGCGCAGUCCUGCCAAAGCUUAAAAGUGUAUGAUGAGUUUUUAAGCUCCCAAUUAAGCUCAUACAAGCUACAGGUCGGAGUCAUAUUAAAAGAAAGCUUCAAAUAUUCAGUCGACAUUUUCUCUAAAGCAACCCCAGAACAGUUCCGCAACUGAAUCGAGCAGAUUAAGCCUAUAAAUGAGCUGGAAGAUAACAUAGAAGAGCAAGUCAUCACUUUUAAAAUCCUCGCAUCUUUAUGUGUCCACAAUGACCGUGGUGUCCCGAAAUAUCAGACUAUUAUAGAAAAAGAGCUGUUCAGCAGAGAGUCUAAGCUUGUCCAAUUUUUACUAUCAGACGGCAGACCAUGCAUAAAAAUUUUCCAGGACUCAAAUGCGUCAGUUCGUGAAUUUAUGCUGAAUAACCCUACACUUCAAAAAAUAUCAGUCCCACAAGAUCCUGAAGCGCCAAUGCCGAAUUUAUUUUUUAUUUCUUCAUUUACACCUCAUCCUUUUUUAGUAGGCUAUAUAUCGUCAAUAUUAGAGCUUUUAGCUUCAAUGUGUAUGUCUCGUAAUGAAUCAAGCGCCCAGAAAGUAAUAAAAGAGAUGAAUUUGACGUUUGAGCAUAUUUUUUCAUGUAUGUCUAAUCCUAAUGUGCAUAGUAAACUGAGGAAAAAUUAUACAGCACUUUGCAGGAUUAUUUAUAUUGAUAGGGAUCCUUUAGUUUCACUCACUGACUGUACAAAUAGGACCUUUUUUUGGAAUUCAACAGAAAAUAGAAUAGAAGACGAAAGGGAUACGCCGAGUACAGAAGUAAUAAGCUCAAUAAAACGGCUUGAUAACUCUAGUGUGCCAAUUGCAGCUUUAGCACAAUGGCUAGAAGAACUGUGAAAAGCACCUAAAAAUCCUUUUUCUGAUGAUGGAGAAGAAACAAGAAACCAAAAAAUAAGCUUUGUGAUUGAAAUAAUUGAGCUGUCUAAAUGAAUCGUAAGUCUACAAUAUGUCAGCUAUUUUUUCGUCAAUGAAAUUACAGGUCCAUUAAUCAAAUUGAUUGACCAUAAUAAAUAUGAUAGUAAAGAAUUUGAAAAUACCAAUUUGCAUUGGUGCUCAGAAUUAAAAAAUAAUCUGAAGCCUUUUGGAAAAGAAGAAAGCCGCCAAGACAAUCUUGCAAUAGCAGUUUUAAGCUUCUUUCAGGUUGCCUAUGCUAUGAGGACUAACAAGCAGGUUUAUGAAGUCCUAAAAAUGUUAGAAGACGUCGAUCGGACAAACAAUGCAGAAAUGAUGGACACUAUAAAACAGUCUAUCUCAAAAUUCAACCACACAAAUUACCAAAAAGCUUUAAAAAGACACAAGCGGAACCGAAGCGUUGAUAUCAUGGUCACUUCAAAAACUCCUUUGCUAUUUAUGAAAAAUAGGAUUGCGCCUGACUCUGCAAAUCAUACCUCUGAUUCUAUUGUCAACGAAUUAAAUGAUUCCUUAAAUUUCGACGCAAUGCUGCUAAACUUAUUAUUCAAUAAUUUCAAUAAAACUAUUAAGCAGAAAAGUUUAGAACUGAUUUUAUUUAAUUUCAAUCAAAACUCAAUUCUGCAUGAUGCUUUAAGUGAAACUUGCUUAUUGCCUUCAGGACCAUUAAGAGAUAUUUAUCAAAGAAUGAAAUUUAUUAUUUUAAAAAUAAAUUAUUAUGCAAAAAAAAUAAAACUUUUGACGGACACUUUUGAUGUAAAAACAGGGAUUAAAGAAGACCAAGAAAUAAGGAAAAUUAAAACUAAUACUAAAAACAAUGUUGACGAGCUUGAGCAUAUUAUUUUUAAAAAAGGAGACUCCAACCAGAUGUCGUUUCUUCAAAAAAUGGCAAAAAGUUUAACCCUUUGUGAGUGAGCAAAGCCAUUAGAAAAUUCCUUUUUUUUGAAAAAAGAUCUCCUUGAGAGCAAAAAUCUCUUGAAGAUAAAAAUGCUUACUCCCCCCCCCCCUCCGUGAGCGAACAAAAAAAUUUUGUUCGCUCACGGAGGGGGGUUAAUUUUUUUUUUUUAAAAAAAAUUUAUAUAUAAAUUUUAUAAAAAAUAUUUUUUUUCGAAAUUUAAAAAAAUCCUAAUUUGCAAAAAUUGGGAAGCAAAUAUUAAUUUAAUUUGCAAAAUUUAUGUUUUAAAACGCAAUUUGUUUAAAAUUAAACAGAAUUAGCUCUAGAUUUCAUUAUACUAAUUAUCACUUAUAUAUCAAAAUUUUUUUCCAUUAAAAUUUUUUCUAUUAAAAAAAUUUUGUUCACUCACGGAGGGUGGGUUUUUGGUCAAAAAAUGGCGAUUUUUCUAAUGGUUUUGUUCGCUCACGGAGGGGGGGGGGGGAGUUAUAAAAAUAUUUAAUAUAUAUAAGCGGCAAUUAUUAUGGAAUCUCUAGCUAAUUCUGUUUAAUUUUAACAGCUUCCAUUCAAAAAUAUAAAAUUUAUAAUAAAAUUAAUCUUUACUUUCAUUUUUGGGUAUUUGGUUUUUAAAAAAAUUAAUAUAAAAAAUCAAAAUCAUUUGCUCGCUGAUUGAGGGACAAGUUAGGAGCUCAUAAUGCGUUGUUAAAAUUUUUAAAAGAUGAUUGGGUAUGGAUCUCAAUAACUCCAGAAGGAAAUUCCAAGCUUGACCCAGCUUACCAAGAUUUGUAUAGAAGCAUUUUUGGGGCACUGACUGCAUUUUGCUAUAAAAAUUACAAAAAUCAGAUGCUGCUUUAUGAUAGUGUAAAAUUAAUAGUGAAUUUUUUAGGAAAUUUGGUAGGCGCUACAAGGGUGCUAGCAGAAGUGAUAUCAUGCAAAAGAAACAGCCAAACUGGAGGACUAAUCAUUCAGCAUAUGUUUAAGAGUAUGGAAAGUCGUGAAAACCCUUUAGAGCGUCCACAAGAUAUUAGAGUGAUGAAAGCACUUUUAUAUGACGAAAAUCAUCAUUUUUAUGCAAUUUCUCAAACACAUGUAAUCGGUUAGCACGAAUAAUAAAAAUUAUAAUAAAUUUCUCUAUAAAAUUGACGGUAAUUUUUUAAUAUGUAUUUUCAUUGCGAUUCCAAUAAAAAAUACCAUGAUUUUUAGAGUAAAAAUUUAAUGUAAUUUACCUUAUUGUGACAUAUUUUUGUUACCUGUAAUCAAAGCUUUACUAAAUACAAAAAAAUUAUAUAGCAUUUUUUCAUGUGAAACUGGCUGAGAUUUAUCAAAAUAUACAGCAGAAAACUUGAAAUUUUAUGCGAAUAUGAUUUUACUGCUAGCUUCUUCAGCAGUUCAUAACCCAUUUACCACUCAGCAGUGCAGGAGGCUAAUUCCUUAUCAGAUUUUAUUCAAAGAAUUAAGAUCUUCAGCUCUCCAUCUAAAAAUAAAAAGAGCGUAUCUUCAUUAUUUUUUUUACGUUUACUGCAUGACCUCUGAUGGAAUAGUCCGUGAAAUCCCAGGCCCAGUCUUAGAAGAGCUUCUUUACCGAGUAGUUCUUCCUGAUUUCGAGAUGUAUACUAACUAUUUCGUCCACAUGCCAGUCCUCUGUCGAAAAAGUCUCUACAAAAUAAUCAUGCCCCAAGGCAUAAAAAUAGACACUCAAAAAUCACUCCCAAAAGGCAAGCAAUUAAUGAUAAAUCUGAUAGCUAACUUCACCCCCAGCUCAAAAAAGUUCCAAAAACAGUUUGACGAUUUAACUAAAGAACAAGUCGAAGCUCUGGACUACUGGAAAUAUAUAUCAUCAAGAAUGCCUUACACACCAAAUAUCGGAACAGGGCUAUUAUGCUUUAUUAAAGACUUAUCAAUAGAGCUAAAAUCAAGCGGAGAUGUCCCAUCACCUGAAACUGUAGAAAUUUUGGAAGAAAUAAGAAGCGAGCUCCAAGCCCUCCAUGACUCUCUUUUUGACUUAAAAUUCGAGCAUGAAGACUUAAACGUGGAUUUUUUUAUAAAAGAAGUCAGAGAAGCCAGCUUAGAAAUUCCUUAUUAUAUUAUUGAAACUGGAGAUGGUGUGCCUGUCCACAAAGGAGAAGAGGAAAGCUUUAGAUUUAUGCUGGACAAGCUACAAAACUAUGUGAUGCACAAUAAUCUCCCGCUUGAGGAGUUUUUCGCAAAGGAGCUAGAAAUCACUGAUGAUGCAAACUUAGACAGAAAUGAAUUUAUCUCCAAAGUAAAAUGGUUUAUAAGGAAAGACAUAAGGACCAGUCAAAUUGAUGGAGCUAUUAAUUUUAUGGACCCUGAUGGAGGAGAAAUUAGAUUAGAUUAGGGAUGAGUGUUUAAAGACCCUAAUUUCUGAAGCACGUGCACUCCGCAACGAACGCUAUCCUCAAGGAAGCAUGAGCCUAGCCGAAACCCCUGAUUUCUGAGUGGAAGUAUUUUUCUACUUGAUCUGAAAGCCAGCUUCCCUCUGCGGGUGGGUUUUGCCUCUUAUAAAAGGCUUUUUACCCCUUCUAUAAGGGCUUUUUGCCGUCGCAACACCUAGCCACAGGUGCCCUACAGAGGGCCAAGAUAAAGCAACUAGUGUCGAAUCAGCUUAUGCUGAGAAAGAACAAGUGGCGAGCAAGUCUCUAUUAUACGCACUCUAAGGGCAUGGGCCGUCCACGUGCCACCGGCAAACUGGAGAGGGACGACUCUGGAACCUGGAAGUAGAGAACCGUACAGUAAGUUCGGCAGUAGCUAAGCCGUCUCGCGGCAGCCUCGGGUGAACUCGAUUUAAUUCAGAUCGGUAUACCUACCAGAAUUCUGAUCAGAAAUUAAUCUGGAAAAUCAGAUUUUGCAGGGAGCCUCCAUAUUCAACCCAAGAGUGAAAAUUUCCCAGCCCUGCGUAGCUUCGGCCGAAUGUCCCAUUUGUGGAACCGUUUUAAUCUGGAGAGACUAGCCCUUGAGAUAUUUGUUUAGCACCCGCUGCUGUUUCUGGGUGCUACUGGUAAAAAGAUGCAAAAACUAUUUCUAGAGCCAGACCACUAAUCAGAGGUAAUAGUGCUGGGCCUCUCGCUUCAAGGCUAACGAAAUCUUGGGCAGCUCCUUGCACCAAAAAAUAAUAUCGAACACUUGCCAUCUGUGAGUAUGGAUUUCUCGCAAUUGGCAAUUUUAUGUAUAUACUUUAAAGAGGAGAAAUAAUUAACGUUUAUUUAUUAGUCCAAGAAAUGAAAGAAUUUUUUAUAGGUAACAAAUAUGUGGUUAAGAAAAAAAGAAACCCAGAAAAAGAAGUGUUCAAAGAAGAACCAGAAGAUAUAAAUAAAGUGUUAGAAGGAGUUUUAGCAGAAAUGCAUAAAGAGAACCAGCAGUCUACAACAGAGCUGAAAGGGCUUAUAAGAAAAGUAAAGAAAAGCUUAUUUGAUGAAGCUCUUAUUAAGAAAGAUUACACAUCUUUAUUGAAAUUUAUGAAUAAUCUGGAGUCAGCGUUCCAAAAAAAAGAACAUAAGAUUUAUUUAUUAGAAAUGUUUAAAUAUAUGCUGAUUUUCCAAGAAGAAGCAGGAGGAGAUGGCGCAGAUAAAACGCAAAAAAUAAAAACUAUCCAGAACUUGUUUGCAGAUGGCGGGAUUAUUCAGAUGGCUAUUUCCCUUAUUAAUAGAGAAAAUGAUACCCAGCUGAUAAGGCAAGCGUUUGAGCUGUUAAAUAAAUUAUUAGAACACAAUAAUUUAUAUAUAAAGCAAAAACUUCUAGAGUAUUUAAAGACAUCAGGAGCCACCUUUGAGCUGUUUACUUUUAUUAAAGUCCAGCUCCGCAUAACAAGGGACUAUUUUAUGGAUUAUCAAAAGAAAAAAGAAAUGAAUGAAGAGUUAAAACGAAAAUUAAGCUCAAUGAAAACAUUUCUGCCUGAUUAUAUCCCACAAGCAGUUCAGGAUUUCCCUAAAAGAACAAAGGAUACUGAUUUGACCAUCAUCAUUUUAUUAUUUUUACAAUUGUGCUGCGAUAACUGUUAUCUUCCAUUCCAAGACUAUUUGAGAGAACAGAAUGACUUGAAUAUAAAAGUCAGCAUUGAUUUGGUAACUGAACUAGGGCAGUUUAUUAUAAAUAUGGUUGGGCUCAAAGAGCUGAAAUCACUAGAUGAUGACAUGACCCCUGCUUGCAAAGCUGUUCAGCAGUGCUUGUGGACACUAGCUGAUGUCUGCUCUGGGCCAUGUGCAUCAAAUCAGCUGUUGCUUGGACAAAGACGUAGGCUAUAUAAAUUUAUGAACUGAAUUAUUGGAUUCCCCGAAGUUGUUGUCAAAAAGCCUAGUGCAUGGCUUCAAAUAUUUAGUGCGUCAGUCAAAUUUUUGAAUUCUCUUAUAGAAGGGAAUUUAAAUAGAAAAGUGUCAAAAAUAUUUUUCGAAGAAAUCAGCACUGAAAAUUUAGUUCAGCACGCCACACUUAUUUGGAAAGAUUUAGUGGCUGGAAGAGAAGACAUUAUUUAUCAAGACGACAAAGGAAAGUCGUAUUGGUGACUGAGAUUGCUAGAAUUAUCAGGGAAAAAAUUAGAAAGUUUUGAAAAAAAUGUUAUUGAGACUGGCUUUGAUAUUUACAUAUUGAUUUUGUCACUUAGAAAAGCCCAUAAAGACCAGCUAAAGAAAAAAUCUGAAUAUAAAUCUUCAAAAAUCAAUCUGGACCCUAUGGAUUUUUUUAAAUAUGAUCAUAAGCAAGAAAUAACUAUCAAUCACAACGAAGAUGCAGAAGUGCAAAAUUUUAAAAGCUUAUUCGGGUCUUUCUUCAAGCGUUUUUCUGGAAUUUUCCAUAGGAGGGGAAUAGUUAAUGCUACAGUAGUUGACAUGCAAAAUGCUUAUCGCUUUUACUCCUCCAACAUUGCAAGUGUAGAAAUAAACAAUAAAGGAACAUUGGCAAAAAUUUAUUUCAGGGUCCCAAACCAAUGCAGAUUUUUGACUGUGAAAUCUCGAAAUGAGCUACUGCAUAAAGUAAGCAGAAAUUCAUAUCAGGAGAAAAUUGAUGAUUUUAUUAAUAGAAGCAGACUAUAUGAGGUAGAAAUGUACCAUCAGCAAAAAUUAGCGAGAUAUCCUUUUUUAGACGAUAUGUGCUGCAAUUGGAGAUUAUAUGGCAAAAUUUCGUAUGGGGCUGUUAUUCUUUUAAAUAUCAUCAUUUUCUUCACAGCUGCACAUGAAGGAAACAGCCAAACUGGCAAGUGGGUUUAUAAUACAAGUGAUAGUGUAGCUAAUUUUAUUACAGCUUUAUCAGUAUUACAAAUAAUUCUGGCGUUUAUGAUAUUUGUGUGCUAUAUUAUUGAAUAUUUCCCAGUUAUUGUGUAUCAGCAAAAAUCAGAAACCAAAAGCAAACAAAUGGUGGAGUAUAUUUAUAACUCAAGAUUUGAAAAAAUACAUGGGACUGUUCUGAUGAAAGAAAUUAUAUCGAGAACGCAAGACAAGCUUAAAAUUUCGAUUUAUCCACUGUUAGAUGAUUUGCUAACUGUUGCAACCAAUGAGGAAUGUAUUUAUAAUUUCAUAUAUCUAGUUAUAUCAAUUUUGUCAAUGGUUUUUCAUAUUUGUUAUGCUUUGCUGCUGCUAGAUAUAGUGAAAAGGAAUCCUGACCUAUCAAAUGUCCUUAAAUCAAUUAGGUUUUCCCUUGAAUAGUGCUACAAGGCACUGUCCUAGCCUGAAUCGGAGGGUUUCAUUAUAUGAAGCCUAAGACAGCGUCUUAUAACGCUAUUCAAGGGAAAAGCUAUUAUGCCUUUCGAUUAUUGUGGGAGGCUGUUGGCAUGUGUAGAAAUUCUCCACAUGCCAGAAGCCUCCCACAAUUAUAGCAAGGCGCUAUAUAUAUUACAUUAAGAUUAAUCUUCCUCUAGUUUAAUGUCCAAUACCACAUCACCUGCCUGGGCUUCCGUCCCUGCUUCUGGGUUUCCAGGUGCACCGUCACGUCAGGAGGCACGCGGCUUCGCCCCCUUGAUGGUCUAUAGGCUUUGGAUGUUCAGAAAAUUCUAAUUCCGUAAGGGGUAAAAGUCAUGUGCUACACAUCGAAGGCUCUUUCUAUAGCUGGGAUAAAAUCGAUUGGAAAGCCAAACCUCAUAAUCAUAAAAUGCAAAAAGAGAAUUUUCUUUCGGGAGACCAAAAAAAUCGAGCAACGCCAUUUAUUAUUAUUAUCAAAUUCCUUAAAUCAAUUACUCUGAAUUAUAAGCAGCUACUAAAAACUGUUGCAUUAGGAGUUAUUGUAAUUUAUUUGUUUAGUAUCAUUGCAUUUUUGAAUUUUUCUUUAAAUUAUGGAGAAGAUGUAAAUAAUUCAAAUGCAAAUACGUAUUGUGACAAUUUGUGGGAGUGCUUUGAGUCUACUUUAAUUUCAGGGAUUCGAGCCGGAGGAGGGAUUGGUGAUGAUUUAAGGGAAUCACCUAGAGGUGAUAAAAACUACUGGUGACUGAUGAUUUUUAAUUUGCUGUAUUUUAUAUUCGUGAUAAUUAUUUUGCUGAAUAUUAUUUUUGGCAUUAUUAUUGACACCUUUGGGGAGCUAAGAGACGAAAAGCAAGAAAUGCAAAGAGAUAUUGAAAAUAAUUGUUUUAUUUGUGGAAAUGGGAAAUUUCAGUUCGAAAUUAUUCUUUUUUUGAUAAAUUUUCUUUUUUUUAAUAAAAUAAAAAAAAAUUAAACAAAUUUAUAGAAAAUGGCAUAAAAGAAUUGGCUGGCUUUAUCAUAUACAAAUCGAGCACAAUAUUCAUGCUUACUUAGCCUUUCUCGUGUACAUUCAUCAUAAAAAUCUUGAGGAAUGCACAGGUGCUGAAAAAUAUGUAAAAGAGCUGAUGGAAAAAAAUGAUAUUAAUUUCUUCCCUAGGAGCUCUAUAAGUCUAGAGGAAAAGGAUGAAAGCGAUGAUGAGCAAGUAUCGAAGUAUAAAAUCAUAGAGAAAAAACUAAAGAAGAUAAAUGAAGCAGUUAAAAAAAUCAAGUAA